GACUCAUAAAAUAAAAUUUCUCAAAUGCUAAGUUUUAAAUAGUGGCAGCCUUCAAGAGGCGAAUGACUAAAGUUCACAUAUGAGUUAUGGUCCAUCAUCUGUAGCACUUGAAUCCUCUGCUUCCCUUUUCACCAAAAUACUCCAUUACACUCAAUAUAAAAACCUUGCUAAAGGCCAAUCUCUUCACGCCCAUCUCAUUAAAACUGGGUUUUCCUCUUCUUGCAUUUACUUAUCCAACAGCAUUGUCAACUUAUACGCCAAAUGCCACCGCUUGUUCGACGCUCAUCUCGCUUUUCAAGAAAUACAAAACAAAGACGUUGUUUCAUGGAACUGUCUCAUCAAUGGGUACUCUCAAUUGGGUCGUCGAGAUUCCUCAUUUUCAGUCCUCAAACUCUUCAAACAAAUGAGACAGGAAAAUGCACUACCAAAUCCUCACACUUUUGCGGGCAUUUUUACUGCUGUGUCGACUUUGGGGGACGCGUUUACUGGGAUGCAAGCACAUUGUCUUGCCUUGAAACUCAGUCACCUUUCCGAUGUGUUUGUGGGUAGUUCUUUGUUGAACAUGUAUUGCAAGUCUGGUGGUCAUCAUCUUGUUGAUGCUCGCAAGGUGUUUGAUGAAAUGCCUGAGAGAAAUUCUGUUUCUUGGACUACCAUGAUAUCGGGUUAUGCGUCGCAGAGGCUUGUUAAGGAGGCUGUGGGAGUGUUUAGGGUGAUGUUAUGGGAGCGAGAGCAGGAUGUGAAUGAGUUUGUUUUCACUAGUGUGCUUAGUGCUAUUGCAUUGCCUGAGUUUAUUAAUGUUGGGAAGCAAAUUCAUGGUUUUUCAUUAAAGAAUGGCUUUUUAUGGAAUGUUUCUGUUGCUAAUGCUACUGUUACUAUGUAUGCGAAAUGUGGGAGUUUGGACGAUGCAUGUUGGGCAUUCGAGCUGUCCUGUGAAAAGAAUUCGAUAACCUGGUCUGCGUUAAUUACUGGUUACGCGCAGAAUGGAGACUGUGAGAAGGCGUUGCAUUUGUUCUCGGAGAUGCAUUACUGUGGGAUGAAUCCUAGUGAGUACACUCUGGUUGGAGUGCUUAAUGCUUGUAGUGAUUUUGGUGCACUUAGAGAAGGAAAACAGGUGCAUGGAUAUCUAUUGAAGUUAGGAUUUGAGCCUCAAAUGUAUAUUUUGACUGCUUUAGUGGACAUGUACGCUAAAUGUGGUAACAUAAUGGAUGCCAGAAGAGGUUUUGAUUAUUUGAAAGAACCAGAUAUAGUCUUAUGGACUUCCAUGAUAGCAGGAUAUGUGAAGAAUGGGGACAAUGAAAAUGCUAUGGGUAUGUAUUGUAGAAUGCUGAUGGAGAGUGUUGUACCUAAUGAGUUGACCAUGGCGAGUGUGUUAAAAGCCUGUUCUAGCCUUGCUGCUUUGGAACAAGGGAAGCAGAUUCAUGCUCAUAUAGUUAAGCAUGGGUUUAGUCUUGAAGUUCCAAUCGGAAGUGCUCUGUCAACUAUGUAUGCAAAAUCUGGAAGCCUUUUAGACGGUAAUUUAGUCUUUAGGAGGAUGCCAGCAAGAGACUUAGUGUCAUGGAACUCGAUGAUGUCAGGUCUUUCUCAGAAUGGCUGUGGCAUUGAAGCCCUUGAACUUUUCGAGGAAAUGCUUCUUGACGGAACAAAACCAGAUUAUGUUACUUUUGUAAAUAUUCUUUCUGCUUGUAGCCACAUGGAUUUGGUAGAGAGAGGGCAGAAUAUUUUCAAGAUGAUGUCUGAUGAGUUUGGUAUAGAGCCUAGGCUAGAGCAUUUUGCGUGCAUGGUAGAUAUGUUUGGUCGUGCUGGAAAACUCUACGAAGCAAAAGAAUUUAUCGAGUCAGCAGCAAAUCAUGUUGACCAUGGUCUGUGUUUGUGGCGUAUCUUGCUAAGUGCUUGCAGGAACUAUAGAAACUAUGAAUUAGGUGCAUACGCUGGAGAGAAGUUAAUGGAAUUGGGUUCACAAGAGUCGUCUGCUUAUGUGCUACUCUCUAGUAUUUAUUCAGCUCUGGGAAGAUUGGAGGAUGUUGAACGUGUGAGAAGGUUGAUGAAUCUUCGUGGAGUAAGCAAGGAGCCUGGAUGUAGCUGGAUUGAGCUGAAGAGUCAGUUUCAUGUAUUUGUUGUUGGAGAUCAGUUGCAUCCACAAAUCGUAGAUAUACGUGAAGAGUUAUGGAGGUUAAGCAAGCAAAUGAAAGAUGAGGGAUACAAACCAGAUUUUGAUCCUUGCUUAGAGUUGGAGGGAAUUAUGGACUGAUUCAGUGCAGAACAUAGAUGCUUUUCUGGAAAUUAUAUAUUGUAUUUCUUCUUCAAUCACAUUCUGUUUUUCUAUUUGAUUCAUGUCAGUUUUCCUAACCCAAAUCUAAUCUUAUAUCUUGAUAUAGUGCCUUCUUAAAGAAAUACCGCAGUUUCUUUAUGAAA